UAACUGGUAAAAUAUGUGUUGCAUGUCCGACCAAGCAAUCAAUCAUUUCUCCAAAAGUCCUAUUUAUUUCAUAACUAGUAGUAGUAUUUGGUAGAAGAAGCAACAGUUUUACUAUGGCCACCGACUUCACUUCCAUCCCCUUGAUUGAUAUUGGUCCGCUGGUAGAGAAAUGGGACGAUCCCAACCCAACCCGAGAUCAAAGUGUAGCACAAGUUGUUCAAAAUUUGGACAAAGCUUGCAGAGAAACUGGCUUCUUUUACGUGAAGGGCCAUGGGAUUCCCGUUUCUAUUCUUAAAGAAACUAGAAGUAUAUCUCGCCAGUUUUUCGAUUUGCCAUGUGAUGAAAAGCUCAAAAUAAAACUAUCUCCAGCAACUGGAUACAGAGGAUAUCAACAUGUCGGAGUGAACAUUACCAAAGGUGUACUUGACUUGCACGAAGCUAUUGAUUGGUACAAAGAUGUUAAACCAGGAACGUAUGGAAGCCUUGGUGAAGCUAUGGAAGGAUGUAAUCAGUGGCCAAGUGAUCCUUCUCGUUUCAGAGAUUUAAUGGAGGAUUAUGUCAACCGUUGCACAGAUUUGUCCAGAAAGAUAUUAAGAGGGAUAGCUCUGGCAUUGGGCGGACCUAUGGAUAUGUUCGAAGGUAAUAUAGCAGGAGAUCCGUUUUGGAUGGGUCGCAUCAUUGGAUAUCCUGGCGUCUCCCAUUCCAACGGCAAGCAAAUAUCAGAUGCCAUAAAUGAUACUGGAUGUGGAGCACACACCGACUACGGUUUACUAACAUUGAUUAAUCAAGACGAUGAUAUAACUGCACUGCAAGUGAGAAACAUCGAAGGGGAGUGGAUACCAGCUACACCUGUUCCAGGCACAUUUGUUUGCAAUAUAGGCGACAUGCUGAAGAUCUUAACGAAUGGCAUAUACGAAUCAACUGUGCAUCGGGUGAUGAACAACUCUGCGAAAUACCGUGUCUGUGUUGCAUACUUCUAUGAGACAAACUAUGAUGCUGCUGUAGAGCCACUGGAGAUAUGUGUGGAGAGGAGUGGUGGCGCUAAGAAGUUUGAUAGAGCUGUUGUUUAUGGGAAGCAUUUGGUUGGUAAAUUGCUGAACAAUUUCGUCUUCUAGUUUUCGUAGAACAAACUAAGACUUCAUCUUUGGUGUAAUUACAACUCAGUUAUUUUUUAGUUCUAAACUUCACUUUUUUUUUAA